UUCCGCUUCCUCCCCGGCGGAGGCUCGGAGGAACGGGGCGGAGGGAGCCGAGGGCCGCCCCCGGCGCAGGCGCGGAGCGGCCGGAGCGGGAGCGGGGCGGCGGGCGCAGGGCUGUGCCUGUGUGGGGAGGAGAAGGAUCGUGCCCGUUUGAGAGGAGCUGCCGCCUGGUCACCAACAUGGUAGUUUUCACGUGCAAUUCCUGCGGAGAGUCUGUGAAGAAAGCACAAGUUGAAAAACAUGUGAACAUCUGCAGAAACUGCCAGUGCCUUUCUUGCAUGGAUUGUGGCAAGGAUUUCUGGGGCGAUGACUAUAAAGACCAUGUGAAGUGUGUAAGUGAAGACCAGAAAUACGGUGGAAAAGAUUUUGAAGCCAAAACCAACAAAGGAGAUGUUAAACAACAGGCGUGGAUUCAGAAAAUUCAUGAAGUAAUGAAGAAGCCAAAUGUCAACCCUAAAGUGCGGAACAUUUUGGAGCAAAUGCGUAUCUUUGAUAACAUUCCAAGAAAAAAAGUAAAAUUUCAGAAUUGGAUGAAGAACAGUUUGAGAAUUACUGACAGCACUUUGCAAGACCAGGUGUGGGAUAUUUUUUCUGAAGCAACCAGAGAUGUGUCAGGCAAAAAAGAACAUGACAAACCACAACAGAAGGAAGAAGUCCAGUCUGCAGAAAGUGGGGAAAAAACAGUGGCAAAAGAAAAUGGAGUUACAGAUGAUAAAACUGAGCGGAAAAAGAAUAAGAAAGAACGAAAAGAAGAGAGACAAAAGAACAACAAGAAGGAGAAAAAAGAAUUGAAAUUGGAAAACCAGCCUGCAAGCUCAGAAACAAAAAAGAAUAAAAAGUCUAAAAAAGGAAAGGAGAGCUUGGAGAAUGAAUUUGAAAUAAAUGGAAAUGGCCAUCAGAAUGAAAUAGAAGACGAAACAAAUAGAAAGAAACGCAAACAUAAACAUGCAGAAGAGGAACCUCAUAUCACAAAAAAGAGAAUGAAAACUGAAAGCAUUUCAGAAGACAUGGAAACAGAAAACACCGAUGGCAAUGAAGAAACUGUGGGAACAGAUAAAGGUAAAUUCAACUGGAAAGGAACCAUCAAAGCUGUUCUGAAACAGGCUCCAGAUAAUGAAAUUUCAAUUAAAAAACUACGAAAAAAGGUUAUAGCUCAGUAUUAUGCAGUAGCUGGUGAGCAUCACAAAUCAGAAGAGGAUAUUCUAGUCAUAUUUAAUAAGAAAGUGAAUAACAAUCCCAAAUUCAAAGUUUUAAAGGACAAAGUGAAACUCCUGAAGUAAGAGUUUUCAUACUUUCCAUAACAUUUGCAUUUUAGACUUAGAGACUGAGUCAAAUGCUCCUGACAAGUGAACAAACAUCAUGCAUAGGUCUCAGUUUAAAUGGUUUGUAUAUAUGAGAGCAGAAUUUAAGACUGGAUUCCUCUUCUUUUUCUAAAUUUAUCACGAAACAUUUGGGAAGUACUGCAUAUCUCUUUUCAGAUAUUUUAUUUUUUGAUUUUUAUGGAAAAGUAUAUUUUUUUGUACAAGUUUUAAAAGGCAUUGAAAAUAGUUGUUGCCUAACUAUAUUGAAAUUCUUCCAGUAAUGGACAUAAUUUAUAGGCAUGAAUGUUUUUCAGGACUUGGAUUGUGUGACUUUUUAUAGAAACUAUUGUAAGAGCAAACUUUCAUAUUUCUCACUAUGGAAUACAUGUUUUGUCGUGGUACAGUUUGAAAUGGCAUGACUGCUAGCCCCUUUGUGCACUACAGCUUAUAUACACAGGCUUUCAUCGCCAGUUAAUUUUGUGUUGUAAAAUGCAUAAUUACAGUGUCCGUCAAGUUUGUGUAUAUAAUGUUGCACGUUCAGUGAAAAUCUGAAGACUGUUACCUGUACAUGCAUAGCUACUUAAUGUUUUAACGAGUAAUGCAACCAACUUUGCUGUAAGUGGUGUCACAUGACCUAAAAUAAAUGACUUUAAAAUGCCACCUUAAAUAAAAUAAAUAUUGCAGUUUACAAUUAUACAAAGACUGUGCAUGAAAUCCAUAAAGUAUACAUAAUUUGUUAUGUUGCAGUCACUGAAAGAAUUUUAAAAGGCAAGAAAUCUCAUAAGAGAGUUACGUGGGGAAAGUUACUUGUUUAUAGGGUUUAUAUGUUAUAAACAUAUAUAAAUUUAUAAGUUUAUAGGGUUUUAAUCAUAUGCAAAAUAAUUCCAGACAGGGAAUAUCCUACCAUGAAGUAAUCUCUUAAGAAUAGUAGUGGAAAGCUAGUGAAAAUUUCUUGCAGUAGGUGGUAAUGGUGUUCUGGAAAAUUACGUAGUGAUUUCAGGAAGCUAUGCAGGUGUACAUUUAUAAAGUUCAUAACUAAAAUAUCAGAAUUUAUAGAAAUAUUGAAUAUAUUAAAAGCAUGAAAACUUUAACUGUCUGAUACUUUGGGUCCAGUUUUUCUGAGUAUAUAUUUGUCUUGUUUAUAAGAAAACUUGAAAUAAAAAUGCCUAAUAAGUUUAUAAGGUCUCUUCACUAAAUGCUGUUGUUGAUUCAUGCGAAGAGCUUUGGAGAUAGGUAAAUAAAACUUUUUUACGACCGUGGAGAAACUUGGAGAAGUUGUUUAAACACACUUCAAAAGCUUAGGUAUGUGUUUUUGUUUCGUUUGUUUUUAAUUUGGGAAAGGACAUGAAUAAGGCCUUGUCAGUGAAACUGACAUUAAUACAGUGCCAUUAAUCUUUUCACUUUUUAUCUUACAACAAAUAUUGAUGUUGCAUAAAGAUCCUAAAUAGUUCUGUUACAGUAAUUGUUACAGGUUUUUUUUGUUUAGAAUUCAUUCCAAAUCAUGCCAUUUUCUUACUUAUCUUCCACCGUUGUUGACUGUAAAAUAUUUUUGAUACAAACAUGUAGAAAUUAUAGACAUUUGUAUAAAAAAUAUGGACAUUUGCUGGGCUUUGCUAAUUAUAUCCUAGGUUCUUGUGAUAACCCCAACAGUCAUGGGUGCAGUCAGCAGCAGCUGCUACAGUUGUGGCUGCUAAUUCUUUGUGAUGUCUCCAUCCUCUUCUUCCUACCUUCAAAUUAAGCUGUAGUAUCUCUUUCUAUCCUACACUUCAAAAUGCCAAUCUCAGGGUUGGUUUUCUGUUUAUCCACCUCCACUCUCAGCCAGCUGCUUUUAAUUGCCUUUUUGUGGGAGUGCAUGUCGUAGCUCAGGUCAAAUUGCGAGUGGGAUAGCACCAGCUCCCUCUGCCCAGUGCCUUGGGUAGUAGCAAAGUUAGUUACACUACUAGUCAGCAAGCUGCAUUACCUGCCCCUAUUUUCACUAAAGGCCUAAGAUUCAUGUGACGUGCUCAUGAACUCAUCAGUUACAUCAUUUUUUUCUGGUGUCAGACUGCUAAGGGCAGUGUGGAUUGUUCAUGCUAUGCAUUUAAAGAUAAAGAUUCAUGGCAAAUUCUUAUUUUGGAGUUUGUUGCAAGCUGUCUUUCACAGGUUGGGAGAAUGACAGUUUAUUGCUCAUAAAAAACAUCGGCAUUUUCUAAUGUGUAGACAAAAAAGUGAUCUGUAUCAGAUGAAACGCUUUAAGAGCCUAAAGAACCUUUGAAGUUGUACUACAGUUGUAUUUAUGCAGGUGAACAGAUAACCAGACAUUUACAUGGUUGCUGUCAUUUCAGAGUUCUAGUGUCUCCUGCUCAGGAGACAACACCUGGGAAUGAGGCAAAGCAGCAGACUAAAUGAUCAGAAACACUACACAUUGGUUUAAAACGGAAAAUAAGGAAUAUCAUCUCAAAAUGACAGUACACAUGAGCUGAGAAGGAUUUGCCCUUGACAUUUUUUCCUACUGUAACUUGUGAUUUUUAAUGGUUGAAAUGCUUGACUUCCACUGUGCGCUGGCAUUGUUGUGCUAGUAGCGCCUAUGAGGGACUAUAAAUGUGACUUCUGCAUCUUAUUCUUCCCCCCUCUCUGUACAGGGCAAAGCAGAUCAAGCUACCAGUCAAUUUUUAUGUAAUCAUUUGGCAGAUAUGGAGCAAAUUAAUGCCUCCUUAUUGAUGGUCAGUAGUGGGAGUUUACUAUGAUCAUGUUAUAAUUAAAGUAUUACUUCAUUAUAUGUUAUUGGAAUAGUAUUUAUUACCUUUUCCUAGUCUAUUGGCAGAAAAAAAGGGUGGGGGGAGGAAUAUGCCGUGCAAGUUAGUGUAUUUUUCUUUCUGCAUGUUCCUGGAAGUACUGUAAUAUGGUAGAGGAGGCUACACUUCUAAUUGCAGAUUCCUUCAAGUGCUGCUGACGCCCACAUACAAGUUAUGUACCCUGCAUGCUCUUCUGUUCUUUAGUGUGUUGAUUUUUUUAUUUUUAUUUUUUUGUACAACCUUAAGAUUUAGCAAAUCCAAGGGGGCAAAAGUACCAGUUUAUCUGAAGAUCUCUGAUUGUGUUCAGAUAGCACGCAAUAUGUAAAAAGGACUAUUCUAGACAGCGUAAGAGCACAGCAGGGUACAGCCCAUGGUGUUAAUUUGGAAACUUGCUGAUUGGAGUUUAAUUAAUACGUUCAUUAAACAUUAUCUGAUCCCAGCUUUUCAGUCAGAUGAUUAAUUUUAUUGAACAGCUCUUAAAUCGUCUCCUGAGUGACUUUGGCAUCUGUAACCUUCAAGAACACAACAGGACUUUCAUCCACCUGUGCAUACAAGUAUUUGAAGGAGGAAGCUCUAACUCUGCAGUGGUUCUGGGUGUUCUGAAUUCACUUCUUGUAACAUUUUUUUAACUUUCUUUUCCACAAAGCAUGUGUUUAGCAGACGCUGGUAAUGUUAGCAGUCACAAUAAGUUGAUGAUGAACAAUCAGAUGGUAUUAAUAUAGCAUUACAA